AUGCAGGAUGAUUUACUGAUGGACAAAAGCAAAACCCAGCCCCAGCCCCAGCAGCAGCGGCAGCAGCAGCAGCAGCCCCAGCCCGAGCCCAGCACCGCCGAAGCCCCGUCCACGCCCCUGUCCUCAGAGACCCCCAAGCCGGAGGAGAGCAGCGCAGUGCCGGCCCUCAGCCCCGCCGCGGCCCCGCCGGCCCCUAACGGCCCCGACAAGAUGCAGAUGGAAUCGCCGCUCCUGCCGGGCUUGGGUUUCCACCAGCCCCCUCAGCAGCCGCCGCCACCACCGCAGGAGCCCGCGGCGCCGGGCGCGUCUCUGUCGCCGUCCUUCGGCAGCACCUGGUCCACGGGCACCACGAACGCGGUAGAGGACAGCUUCUUCCAAGGGAUCACCCCAGUCAACGGGACCAUGCUCUUCCAGAACUUCCCGCACCACGUCAACCCAGUCUUCGGAGGCACCUUCUCCCCGCAGAUCGGCCUGGCGCAGACCCAGCACCACCAGCAGCCGCCGCCGCCCGCGCCACAGCCAGCGCAGCCCGCGCAGCCCCCGCAGGCGCAGCCCUCGCAGCAGCGCCGCUCGCCUGCCAGCCCCAGCCAGGCUCCCUACGCGCAGAGGGGCGCCACGGCGGCGUACGGUCACCAGCCCAUCAUGACUAGCAAGCCGUCCUCCUCCUCGGCCGCCGCGGCCGCAGCAGCCGCCGCCGCCGCCUCGUCCGCGUCGUCCAGCUGGAGCACGCACCAGAGCGUGAACGCCGCCUGGAGCGCGCCGUCCAACCCGUGGGGCGGCCUGCAGGCGGGCAGGGACCCUCGCCGGGCGGUCGGCGUGGGCGUGGGCGUGGGCGUGGGGGUGCCCUCGCCCCUCAACCCCAUCUCGCCGCUCAAAAAGCCCUUCUCCAGCAACGUGAUCGCGCCGCCCAAGUUCCCCCGCGCGGCCCCGCUCACCUCCAAGUCCUGGAUGGAGGAUAACGCUUUCCGGACCGAUAAUGGUAACAAUCUGUUGCCAUUUCAGGACCGGAGUCGGCCCUAUGACACUUUUAACUUGCACUCGUUGGAGAACUCCUUAAUGGAUAUGAUAAGGACUGAUCAUGAGCCUCUGAAAGGACGCAUGGGGAUAAAUUUCCAUCAUCCGGGAACAGAUAAUAUUAUGGCACUUAACACCAGGAGCUAUGGGCGAAGACGAGGUCGAUCUUCUCUCUUUCCCUUUGAAGAUGCCUUCCUGGACGACAGUCACGGCGAUCAGUCUUUGUCAUCUGGCUUAAGUUCUCCCACUCGCUGUCAGAAUGGGGAGCGAGUAGAGCGCUACUCUAGAAAGGUGUUUGUUGGAGGCCUUCCUCCUGAUAUCGAUGAAGAUGAGAUCACUGCCAGCUUUCGCAGGUUUGGACCUCUUGUCGUAGACUGGCCUCACAAAGCUGAAAGCAAGUCGUAUUUUCCUCCUAAAGGCUAUGCCUUUCUGCUGUUCCAGGAGGAGAGCUCAGUACAAGCUUUGAUAGACGCCUGCCUAGAGGAAGACGGGAAACUGUACCUGUGUGUGUCAAGCCCCACCAUUAAGGAUAAACCAGUGCAAAUUCGACCAUGGAACCUAAGUGACAGUGACUUUGUAAUGGAUGGUUCACAGCCUUUGGACCCCAGAAAAACUAUCUUUGUUGGGGGAGUUCCACGACCCCUUCGAGCUGUUGAACUGGCAAUGAUCAUGGACCGUUUAUAUGGUGGUGUCUGCUAUGCUGGCAUUGAUACAGACCCCGAGUUGAAGUACCCCAAAGGUGCCGGCCGUGUGGCAUUCUCCAAUCAGCAGAGUUACAUCGCAGCCAUCAGCGCUCGCUUUGUGCAGCUCCAACACAAUGACAUUGACAAACGGGUGGAAGUGAAGCCAUAUGUGCUGGAUGAUCAGAUGUGUGAUGAGUGCCAGGGCACACGCUGCGGUGGGAAGUUUGCCCCGUUCUUCUGUGCCAACGUCACCUGUCUGCAGUAUUACUGUGAAUACUGCUGGGCGAGCAUACAUUCCCGCGCCGGGCGGGAAUUCCACAAACCGCUGGUGAAGGAGGGAGGCGACCGCCCUCGCCACGUCCCGUUCCGCUGGAGCUGA